CCUUCGGUCGCGGGGGGAUGUGCCUGGGGAAGAUGAAGACCUGCCUGCUGCCCGGGGUGGCCCUCUGCCUCUUGCUGGUGCCUCUGGUGGACCCAUAUGCCGAGCUGCCGGCCAUGCCCUACUGGCCCUUCUCCACCUCUGACUUCUGGAACUACGUGCAGUUCUUCCAGACGCUGGGGGCCUACCCCCAGAUCGAGGACAUGGCCCGCACUUUCUUCGCUCACUUCCCCCUGGGAACCACCCUGGGCUUCCACGUCCCCUAUCAGGAGGACUGAGGGGUCCCCAGCCUGGUGCCCUGGCCUCAUCAAUAAACUCCUGACUUAAAAUGCACAACACAUGCUGUGGCUUUUUUUCAAGACACAGCUGCACUCGGGACCCGUUUGCCUUCUCACCCCACCAGAAACCGAUCUAACAAGCUGCAACUAGCUUUUCCAUUGAAAUAAAUAGUAGAAAGGACUAUCUAUUGAACUGUAGAUACUAGUAUUUGGACCAGCAUCUAACUACAGAAAUUGUUACACCUGAUCAGAAACGCAGGGCUUUGUGAAACGUGUGUGUUAUGUGUUACGUUUGGGUGGGAUGGGGGAUGGAACGUGA